GCAGCGCUAUGACCGUUAUGAAAUGCUAUUGUCUGUGAGAUAAAAUAAACACUUGUCACGAAAUCUUAUUCUGUGGAAUGGUUAUUUUUGUUCAUCAUCUACUAAUAAUGUAAAGUUUAUGAUGUUAUUAAUAAAAUUUUCUAUGCUAUAAAAAUAUCUCAUUGUCAUUGACCAGUGAAAGUGAUUUUACUGUAAAUAACUUUCUUUUAUAAGAUCUAAUUUUUUUUACAACGUAUUAUAAAAAAAUUGAUUAUACAGUCUUAUUAAAUUUUUACUUAUUAAUCAAUUUUUAUUCAAUUCAUCAUUAAAUUAUUUAACAUUUAAAAGAAAAGCUGAUAUAAAAUGGCACAGACAUACUGUUUAUUAAUUUAUUGCAUUAUAUCAUUAUUUUAUCAAAGUGGUUAUGCCUCAAUAUUCGGAUGGUUUUGGAAUAAAGGUUCAGAUGAAACUACUCUGGUAGCUGAUGGUAUUCCAUUACUUUCAAUACCAUAUGAAUCUAUGACUGAGGAUGAAAAAUUCCUUCAGGAAGCUGCAAAAUUUACAGAGAUUCAAGUAUCAUCACCUUUAGAAACUUGCCAACACAAAGUCAUUAUGAAAAUAAAAACCUCAUGUUCUGAAAUGACAGAAGAACAACUUGCCAAAUUGAGUGUUAAUCUUUUAAAUUGUCAAUCUACAGUAGAAGGCAGAAAAAUAUUUCCAUGUACUGAUGAAAUGUCUCUAAAACAAUGUACCACAGAUAUGGAUUCAGAUAUGUGGAAUGCAUAUCAUUUAAUGAGUAACAGAGCUAGAGCAGUUUGUUAUGCAGCACGUAGUGCUCAGUUCCGUGCUCUUUCAGAAUUGACUGUGAACAAAUUAAUGCAAACUGCUCAUACACAAAUCAAAACAUUGAGUUCUUUGAAGGAAAGUCAGGAUCGUUUAGAAGAGCAAACUAUAGAAGCCUUAGAAUCAUUGUCAAAAGGCAAUAAAGCAUUAUUAGAACAACAAAAGUAUUUAAAAGAUGCACAAGCAUCUGCUCAUAAUCUUGUGACAACAAAUCUAAGAGAAUUGAAUAACGAAAAAGCUUUGAUUCGAUCUGGUCACACACAACUUGCAACAAUGGCCAAUGAUAUCAGGAAAAAAUUAGAGGAAGCAAAUAAAAAUUUAGAGGAACAAGCUAUCGAACGUGGUCAAAAUCAUAAGGAAAUACUUCAGGAUUUAAUGAAUAUUCAAGAACAAGCACACUUGAUUUGGGAUAAAAUAGAAUCUAGCACAAAUCGAAUUUUUACACAACAUGAAGAAGUACUUGUCCAAUAUGAACAAACUUUGCAAAAAUUAAAUCAAAUUAAUAAUACUAUUCAAUAUAUUUGGGAUAUAACAAACAAUAUGCGUGCAGAAAUGGAUGAAAAACUUAAUUGGUUGACUAAAUAUAUAGGUGACAGUGGAGAACAAAUGCAUCGAAUAUAUCGUGUAGGUUUACACAUUAUUUAUUUAUUAUUUGCUAUGGUGAUUGCUGCAUUUCUUCAUGCACCAUUAUUAACUAGAAUUACUAUUAUGGGGAUUGUACCAUUAAAUUUGUUAUCUUUUUUAAAACAUGGCAUGGAUGCUUGUUUGGAUUUUGUAUCAAUGAGUGUAUUGAUAUUCUUAAUUACGAUGAUGCACUUUAUGAUGGUUGGAAUUCAACGUAUAUGUGGUCCAAAAAAUAUAAAAAGAAGAUCAGAAUCAAUUCAAGUAAUUAAUCAAAAUGAUCAUGUAAAUGGUAUAACGCGAGAAUAUGUUUCUUCUUAUUCUAAUCCCCAAUCAUCACAUACUCCUUCAAUAUCUUUCUACACAAAUCUAAAAAAAAAUACUUGGAAAUUUUAUAUUUUUAUGCGCUACCAAAUAAAUCGUUGUAUUGAAAAAUUUAGUUCGCUGGUGCAGGCAGUAGCUUCAUGGAGCAAACCAGGUUUUGUGCAAAGCGAGGAAUUAUCUUGUUCGUAUAUAUCCUCAAGAAAAAAUCGAGAAGAUCUUAUUCACAAUUACGAACAAGAAUAUCCUAGUAUGUCUGAAGAUGUCACUGAUUAUGAAAAUUCGAAUUUGAUAGACGAAAGAAAUAGAAGCGUUGAUGAUUACGAAAAUUUAAUCGAUGCUAAUGAUCUUAGGCAAAGAUUAAGAAAAUUGGAAAGUCUUACUAACAGAUCUUCUUAUUCUCGUCAACAGUCGCCUUCCAGAAGUGUUACUCCAUCAUAUACUUCGAGGAUAUGUAAUGCUACAACAAGAAGUGGCAAAAGAUGUCGGUUAUAUGCAAUAAAUGGACAAAUGUAUUGUAACAGACAUUCUCUUGGAAGCUCAAUUAUGGGUGAUUGA